AUGGAGGCCCAAAUGGAUAAUCUCACCAUGCAAGACAAAUUGGCCUCUUCGCCAUCCGACGAGCCGCGUAAACAAAAGAAGAAGAAAGUGCUGUUGAUGGGAAAGUCUGGGUCCGGAAAAAGCUCCAUGAGAAGCAUCAUUUUCAGCAAUUACAUUGCAAAAGAUACAAGGAGACUGGGUGCUACGAUCGAUGUCGAUCUCAGCCAUGUCAAGUUCCUGGGAAAUUUGACGCUCAAUCUUUGGGAUUGCGGUGGGUCAGUAUACCUCAAGCUAGCUGGCGAGGAAGAAAUGCUAACAUCCACGGAUGCUAGACAGGAUGCGUUUAUGGAAAACUACCUCUCACAACAACGGCAACAUGUCUUUUCGAACGUCGGUGUCCUUAUUUACGUCUUCGAUAUCGAGUCCCGAGACUUUGAUCGCGAUCUCCUCACCUACCGUUCCAUCGUCGCGGCACUCAGUCAAUUCUCUCCAACCGCGAACGUCUACAUCCUAAUCCAUAAAAUGGAUCUCGUCGUCCCCAAUUUACGAGAAGACAUUUACAAUGACCGCGUCUCUCUCAUUCGUUCCAAAUCCGACGCCUUCGACCCUACACCCUUCGCGACUUCAAUCUGGGAUCAAUCCCUCUACAAAGCCUGGGCCGAAAUAAUCCACGAUCUCGUCCCGAACCUCGACCAAAUCGAAAAGCAUCUAGGCAGUCUCGGAAAGCUCAUCAUGGCAGAAGAAGUCCUGCUCUUCGAACGCACAUCUUUCCUCGUGGUCUCCAGCUGGACCUCCAAUGCAAUAAUCACGAGUGACAAAGAUCACCCCGCCCAGAACCCCACCUACGAUCGCAACGAGCGGCUGUCCAACAUAAUAAAGAACUUCAAGCAGAGCACGAGUCGGUACACAGGUACUCCCAAGAGCGCGGAACAAUUGAGUAUUUUUGAUCUCAAGAUGCCCAGUUUCUCCAUGUUCCUCAUCAAGUUUACCACCAAUACAUAUCUUGGGGUUGUACUACCUCCCGGCGAGGAACGGUAUAACGCGGCGAAGUUGAAUUGUUACAUUGCACGCACGCAAUUCGAGGAUUUAGAUUCUCCAGCGAGAAAAAGCGCAGAUAGGGCUGCUUCUUCAACGGAGAUUGUCGCCGAAUCAUAG